AUGUCUGAGAAGCCUGAAGGAGGGAUACAGCACAUCUCCCCAUAUCGUAUUUGCCAACGCAUCAUUGCACACAUUAUCAGCCAAACUGCCAAAGAAACAGAAAUAGGAGGAGUGAGCAUCUGGGCAUCUCUACCUACAUACCCCAAUUUGAAGCUGUACUCCUUUGGCAGCAAUGUAGUACCCAGUUCUGGUGAACAAAAGAAGGGGAAAUUCCCAAUCUGGCCAGAAUGGAGUGAAGCUGACAUCAAUGCAGAAAAGUGGGAUGCAGGCAAAAGUGGAAAAGAAAAGGACAAGACAGGGAAAAGCCCUGUGUUCCAUUUGUUUGAAGACCCUGAAGGAAAGAUUGAACUACCACCAUCAUUGAAAAUCCAUUCCUGGAAAAGGCCACAAGAUUUUAUAAUGAGUCAUGUUCCAGUAGUUGUGAAAAACGAAAUUAUGUUUGACUUGUUUUCAGCAAAUGAGCAUUUGCUCUGCAGCGAGCUGAUGAGGUGGAUUAUCAGUGAAAUCUAUGCAGUAUGGAAGAUAUUCAAUGGAGGGAUUUUGAGCAAUUAUUUUAAAGGAACUCCAGGGGAACCUCCUCUUCUCCUCUGGAAACCCUGGGAACAUAUCUAUUCCCUAUGCAAGGCUGUGAAGGGUCAUAUGCCUUUGUUCAAUAGCUAUGGAAAGUAUGUUGUGAAACUUUACUGGAUGGGUUGCUGGAGAAAGAUAACUAUUGAUGACAUCAUGCCUUUUGAUGAAGAUAACAAUCUAUUGCUUCCAGUUUCAACCUGUGAAUUUGAACUCUGGCCAAUGCUGUUGUCUAAAGCCAUAAUCAAGCUGGCAAAUGUUGACAUUCACAUAGCACAGAGGCGAGAACUGGGAGAGUUCACAGUUAUUCAUGCGCUCACAGGGUGGUUACCGGAAGUCAUUUCUCUUCACCCUGGAUAUAUGGACAAAGUUUGGGAUCUCUUGAAAGAAAUAUUGCCGGAGUUUAAGCUGCCAGAUGAGCUCAACUCUGAAAGCAAAAUAGCAGAGAUAGAAAACAAACUAAAAGAACAAGGGAAAGAGACAAAGGAUAACAAAGAAGUCAAAGAUGGGAAGGAAGUGAAAGACUCGAAGGAAUUCAAAACUGAUGGUUCCUUGACGACUCUCAAGCCUCCUGAGAAAGGUGACAAGGUUACAAAGGAGAAAACAGAUAUGAAAGAUCUUGGGAAGAAAAAAAGUAAAGAUGGAGAAAAGGAAAAGGAAAAAUUCAAAUUUUCAAUUCAUGGCUCAAGACCCUCAUCAGAUGUACAGCACUCCAUGCAGUCCCUCUCCGAUUGUUCUUCAGGAAUUCAGUCCCCUCAUAUGGCUGUUUAUGCUACCUUUACACCUCUCUAUUUGUUUGAAAACAAGAUUUUUUCAUUAGAGAAGAUGGCAAAUUCUUCUGAGAAACUUAGAGAAUAUGGACUCUCCCACAUCUGUAGCCAUCCUGUGCUGGUGACGCGAAGCAGGUCAUGUCCUCUUACAGCCCCGCCAAAACCACCUCCCUUACCUCGCUGGAAGCUCAUCCGCCCCCAAAAAGAGAUGGUCAUAACAGAUGAAGCUCAAGAACCAGUAAUAAAGAAGCCUGAACAGUUUCUUGAGAUUUCAAGUCCAUUUUUGAAUUACAGAAUGACUCCAUUUACAAUUCCAACAGAAACGCAUUAUGUACAAUCUGUUAUUAAGAAAGGGGUAACUCCAGGAUCUGGUUUACCUUCUCUCAUGGAAAAUGAUGAAAGUAUAAGCCUCAGCCAGCCAGAAUUGAAUCAAAUAACAGGAAUGAUUUCCCAGGGUAAUACUUUAUCACAAGUUGGACUUGGAAAAGAUGAACAAAUAGACCUUGGAUUGAAUGACAUCCAUCAAAUUGAUGGUACGGAAAAGGAUGCCGUCAGCCAGAUAACAGAAAUACAGGAAAAAUCACAGGAAGAACUUGUAACAAUAAAUAAUGGUGUUUCUAAAGAAAUAUGGUUAGAUUUUGAAGACUUCUGUGUUUGCUUUCAGAAUAUAUAUGUAUUUCACAAGCCAAGUUCUUAUUGCAUUAACUUUCAAAAGUCAGAAUUUAAGUUCUCAGAUGAACGUGUAUCCUAUUAUCUGUUUGUGGAUAGUCUAAAACCUAUUGAGCUACUGGUUUGCUUUUCUGCACUGGUACGCUGGGGGGAAUCUGGAGCCUUAAUGAAGGACAGCCCUCCCAUAGAGCCAGGCCUCCUAACAGCUGAGACGAUUUCUUGGAAGUCUCUGAAGCCACGCAGCCUUGUUCUGAAGAUCCACACGUAUGCUGCUAAAGCUGCAAUGUUGCGCUUGCCUGUCGGGAGACACAUGCUGCUCUUCACCGUGUACUCCCCAGUGGGACACUCCAUACAUGUCUGCAGCAUGGUGACCUUCGUCAUUGGGGAUGAAGAUGUGGUGCUGCCCAACUUUGAGCCGGAGAGCUACCGAUUCACAGAACAGUCUCUGCUUAUUAUGAAAGCUGUUGGAAAUGUGAUUGCUAAUUUCAGAGACAAGGUUAGAUUAUCUGCAGCUCUGAAGGAUCUGCAAGCGGCUCAUUACCCUGUGCCUCUCCACGACAAAGAGCUCAUGGUCCAGCACUUCAGGGUUUUUUAUAUUUCUUUAUGGCGUUUAAUGAAAAAAGCUCAAAUGGCAAAGCCUCUUUCAAACUUUAAAUUUGCAUUCCGUGCUAUGGUCUUGGAUGUGGAAUUACUUGAUUCUUCCUUAGAGGACGUUUCUUUAGCAGAAUGGAUAGACACUAAAUUUUUUUUGCCAUCAUCAAAUGACAAAGAGUAUUCUCCUGAGGAAAUGGCAGCAGCAAUUAAAAUUCAAUCCAUGUGGAGAGGGGCUUACAUUAGAUUACUUAUGAAAGCCAGAACACCAGAGACAAAGGAAAAUGCUAUUGUUGCAGAUACACUUCAAAAAGUUUGGGCUAUGUUGGAAAUGAAUUUAGAACAGUAUGCAGUUUCACUCUUAAGACUAAUGUUCAAAAGCAAGUGCAAAUCUAUUGAAUCUUACCCUUGCUAUCAAGAUGAAGAAACUAAGAUUUCUUUUGCUGACUAUUCUGUGACCUAUCCAGACCAGCCACCAAAUUCUUGGUUUAUAGUAUUCAGAGAAACAUUUUUGUUUCCUCAAGAUAUGAUUUUGGUCCCUAAAGUCUACACUGCACUUCCAGUCUGUAUACUACACGUCGUUAAUAAUGACACAAUGGAACAAGUGCCAAAGGUGUUCCAAAAAGUGGUACCUCACCUUUAUACCAAGAAUAAGAAGGGAUACACAUUUGUGGCUGAAGCAUUUACUGGUGACAUGUAUGCAGCAAGCUCUCGAUGGAAGCUACGCCUCAUUGGUUCUUACACUCCACUCCCAUGCCUCUCCCGGGAAUCACCUUGCAAUACCUUCACCAUAAAAGAAAUCAGAGAUUACUACAUACCCAAUGAUAAGAAAAUUUUAUUCAGGUAUUGUGUUAAAGUGGCAUUACAGCAUCCUCUUACAAUACAGGUACGUACAUCCAAGCCAGACGUAUUCAUCAAGCUUCAGGUGCUAGAAAAUGAAGAAACCAUGGUGAGCUCCAUUGGAAAAGGCCAAGCUCUCAUCCCAGUAUUUAACUUCCUGGGGAGUGAGAAAACUGUGAGCUCCCAGUCUAGCAAGCAAAUUCUUUCAAGUCACCUAUCAACCAAAAAAGAGCCAGAAGUAUAUUCUAAGAAGAAAUCUGCACAGGGAAGUCAGAAAUCCUAUAAGAGUAGACCUGGAAGUGCAAUAGUAGAUACUGGUCAGCCUCUGAUGGAGGAGGAAGUGGUCACUAUGUCAUCUGUAGAAGAAAAUUCUAGCACACCACAGCAGAACUACAAGUAUAUCAUACAGUGCUUGAUAUUGUAUAAUAGUUGGCCUCUCACUGAAAGUCAGCAGAUAUUUGUUCAAGCACUAAAAGAAUUAGAGAAAAGUGAUAACAAAGCUCAUGGAGAGAAGCAUGAAGAAUUAAUUACCAUGGGAAGUCCAGAUUCUCAUACCAUCAGUGAGGGUCAAAAAUCCUCAGGAACUUCCAAAACAACAAGGAAAGGCAAAGAAAAGUCUUCAGACAGAGAAAGGUCAACCAAAGAAAAACAAGCACCUCGCUUUGAGCCUCAGGUGGGUGUGGUACCCGCUGUUCACUUGCAACAAGAAGAUCCAAAUAAACCCUACUGGAUUUUGAGGUUGGUUUCUGAACACAGUGAAACUGAAUUAUUUGAUGUGAAAAAAGAUACAGAACGAGCAGAUGAAAUCCGAGCCAUGAAGCAGGCCUGGGAGACCACUGAGCCUGGAAGAGCCAUUAAGGCCUCUCAAGCUCGUUUGCUCUACCUCAACCAGUUAUUUAAGAGACCACCUGAUUUCCCUGAGAGUUUGCUUUUGCCUGACAGCCAGAUUAAAUUUGGGGAAGAAGGAGAAAUGACUGCAUUUUUGAAAGAGACAGAUGCAAAGAGUCUUCAGCGUCAACAGAGUAGGGAUAUACUACUAUCAGGAGGAGGAAGUAUGUUGUGGAAGACGUGGCAACUGAGCAAGGGCUUGAAGGAUCUGACAAAAACUGUUAGCAGUGAAAGUGGAAUAGUGCCCUCACCAGGGAAGGAAGAGCGUGAGCAAAGUUUGAAGAAGGAAACCAUCGGGCAACAGUCAAGAUCCCAAACAAUUUUGGAAAUAUCUCCAGAACUCAUUCAAAAAUCACUAGAAUAUGUGGACUUAAGUCAAUAUGUACGGAAAACAAAUGAUGAGGCUAUGCUGCAAACAGAGGAGCUGAAUCAGCUGCAAACAAUGCAAAAGGCAGAAGAAAUUCAUCAGUUUCGGCAAUACAGGAACAGAAUGCUUAGUAUUAGAGACGUAGAUCAGGAAGAGCGGACUAAGUUAAAGGAUGAAGUCUUGGACAUGUAUGGAGAAAUGCGGGACUCCUUAGAUGAAGCCAGACAGAAGAUCUUCACCAUCCGGGAGGAGUACAGAAACAAGUUGCUGGAAGCUGAGCACCUAAGAUUGGAAGCUUUGGCUGCUCAGGAGGCAGCAAUGCGGGCGGAGUCAGAGAAGAAGACCCCAGCUCCUGACACAAAGGGGAAGAAAGGAAAGAAGAAGUAACCAGGAGGUGCCCAGAACCACCCUUUUUCUGUAGAGAAGAAAUAUAUCUAGUGAUCUAGGACUUUGCCUGUUGAUAAAGUAUCAGGGUAAUUGAAAAUAGAAAUUUCCCUAUCUUACAAAUUGUUCCUAAUGUUAAUGCGUUGGUAUUAAAGUUAGUAUUUGAAUUGUUAGAGCUUAAAAUGUUCUGAUUCAGUAAAUUGCUAACAAAUCUGUAGAUUGUAAUAAUAUUCUAUAUAUCUCAUUCUGAAUUGCCUACAUUUCAAAUUAGUAGUAAAACAAGAUCAAUCAUAAAUGAGUCAAGAGGACUAUCUUUGAAAAAUUCAACAAUGAG